AUAAGGGAUCAGUAUUACCGGUACUACUAUUAACACAGUACUAGACAGUAUUCAGUACUUGUGUGUUUGCAGUACAGUACAGUAGUAUCAUAUGUAGAGUACGUGUAGAAGCCUGUGUAUUUGUAUGCACGUAAAUACUUACAUACGGUAUCAUGUACGUACCAGUACAUCCAAACAUUUCCCCCCACGUCUGUCCUUUUUCCGCCCAGCACGUGCCCCCUGCGCACAAGCCAUCUCUUUCUAAUCCGAUUCUCCAUUUUUUCCCCUCCUGUUAAGUAAUUGGGAACCGCAUGUGAAGAAUGAAAUUUGAUACGCCCCCUUUUUUUAGACUUGUAUUUCUCCACAAUCCGAUGGACCAUCCGACUUCUUUUUUGAAUAGUUGCACGUAGUUUCUUCCUUGAAGUUUUCAGCCAUGUGCUCAGAGUUCGGAGGGUCCUCUGGUUGUGGAAUUUUAACUGGUUCGAGUAUCGCCCGUUGCGCGCGUGCGCAAAAAUGGUAGAAGUAUGAUCUUUUCCAACCGGCCGGUAGUUUUAUUCUGCUGUAGAGGAAACGGAAACGGAAACGAUGUCGAUUGAACCACAGUGGGAACCGGCAAACCGUCUGCUUCCUUCCCCAGCGCCCAAAGGCGGUGCCGUGCCACGCCAUGCCGCACCGCAAGGGGAGUGCUCCGCACCACGGGACAAACGGCCGGGGGUGGAGGAGACGGCUCGCGCUGCUGGUGGUGGUGCUCUCUGAAUCGAUCCUCGUGUCGAGGCACCUGCUGCGCAACGCCACCGUCCCGCGCCGCGGCGGCGCGGAGGCCUCCGCGGAAGAAGUUCCCGUCCACAGGGAAUCGGGUUGCGCGGCCUCCGACGUGCUGCGGAUCCUCCACGCGGGGUCACGGAUCGAGGUCCACCUCGCGCCGAACCGGCGGUGCUCGCACCCCGUCUUCGCCGGGAGGAUCUCCGGGGCCGCGCUGGCGCCAAUCGCCUUUUCGGUAUCCGGCGGCGGCGCAGCGGACGUCGCGGUCGGAACCUACGAUCCGCGCCAGCUGCCGGCGUCCGCCGAACGAUACUAUGUCGAGAUCGUCGAGCUGUUGUGCGAGGACCCCCUCGGGUGGAGGGGCGGCGACGGAGACGCCAACGGACCCGAUCUGACCGGGGUGUGCCUCCGGGACACGGCCCGCGACCACCACAGAAUCACAGCCGCAAGGGCCUCCAUCGGGGUCCAUCCAGGUGCCGCGGGCCGGGGGCCGACGAGUCCGGGACCUCCCGUCCCCGGGCGGUGGCUCCACGAGGCGUGGUCCGAGCGGAACGGAAGGCGGGGUACCGCAGCACCACCGGCAAACGCCACCGAGCCGCUGUACACGAGGUACCAGCCGCGGGGUUGCAUGGCUUCCGCCCGAAACUUCAAGGCCACCAAAAACACGACGGCCUGCCUGCGGGCCGCGGAUCGGUCUCGCUUCCGGCCGUACGCCUUUCGCUGGAGGGAGGACGGCCCCCUCUCGAACCUCAACAAACCCUACCUGUCCCUGAUUCCCAGGGACCGGGCUGCCGUCCCGGGGGAAAGCCACGGCCGGAGCGAGGACAGCACCGAGCGCAACCACCAGCAGCACGUGUGCUUCGUGGGGUCGAGCCACUCUCGAACGCUCUGGAGAAAGUGCGAGUCGUUGGUGCGGCGCACGAAGGAGAGACAACACCGACAGGAGCAGCAGCAACAACAACAGGGUCCUCGUUCCCCGCCGCCCCUCGACCUGAAAUGCUCCUUCGUCGACGUGAAGUUUCCCUUCCAGAUCCUGCGGGGCUGCCCUCUCCGGCUGUCCCCGGAGGAAUGCAGGCGGAAGGUUCCGCCACCGGCCGCGACGAACCCAAACCAAGGGCCUUCGGAGCAGGCUUCCGCCUGGGCAACGGAGCACGUCGGGAAUCGGAAGUGCACGCACGUUGUCCUGGGAUUCUUCCAGUGGCCCUUCAGCCUGUACCAGACCGAACCAAAGCUCACCUUUCGCCGGUGGAAACAAGACAUGGUGGACCUAGUGGACGCCUUCCGACGGGCCUCGGUGGCGAGCCGCCACCCCGGCGAGAGCGGGCUUUUCCCCGGAGCCAUCGUGCUGCGAUCGGUCCACGCCAACGGGUGGAAGGAACACGUUUCCGAUUGCCCCCCCACCGACUUUCGGACCCCCUACAACGCGCGCGUGUGCAACCGGAUGCUGGGGGAGAUCGCUGAGUCCUUCGGAGCGGGCGGCGGCCCGAACGGGAACGACACGGCCGCCGAGGUCUUUUUUGUCGACACCGGGUUUGUCACGGAUCCCGUCUGGGACUCGGCGGAGGACUGGAGCCACCACGGCGGCGAGGUGGGGACCCAGGAGAUCAAGUACCUCUUGUACGAGAUGUUCAAGAAGGACUACGGGUUCGCGGCGUAGCUUCCACGGCCGCCUGCCCGGGUGGGAUCGGUUCGGAUCGGUUGUAACGCCGGAAACCGUCUCGGCCCGUUCGAAACAGCA